AUUGUCCAGAGCACGAUACCUCGGGCAAUAAUUCUACACCAAGCAAUUACAGAAACUGUUUUUAAGAAAGGGUCCGCCAUGAUUCGAUUGGCAGUGAUCGCGUGCCUGGUAGGAUCCGCGCUGAGCAACGAUCUUCUACUAGCAAACGACAAAAAAGAAUGGUACAAAAACUCUGUGAUAUAUCAGAUAUACCCCAGGAGCUUCAGAGACAGCAAUGAUGACGGUAUUGGGGACUUGAACGGCAUCACUAGCAGACUAGCAUACCUCGCAGACAUAGGAGUCACAGCACUCUGGCUCUCCCCCAUCUACAAGAGCCCACAGGCAGACUUUGGCUACGAUAUUUCUGAUUUCAAAGACAUUGACCCGAAUUAUGGCACCCUGACGGACUUCGACUGGCUCGUCUCCACGGCCAAGAAGCUAGGUCUCAAGGUGAUCUUGGAUUUCGUGCCUAAUCACAGCUCCUCCGAGCACCAGUGGUUCAAGAAGAGCGUGAAGAGGAUCAAACCCUUCGACCAGUACUACGUUUGGAAGGACGCCAAGAUGAUAAACGGGACUAGACACCCGCCGAACAACUGGCUGAGCGCCUUCGAAGGCUCUGCGUGGAAGUGGAACGAAGACCGUCAACAAUACUACCUGCACCAGUUCGUAGCGGGUCAGCCGGAUCUCAACUACCGCAGCAAGGCCCUGAAACAGGAAAUGGAGAACGUGUUCACGUUCUGGAUGAACCGCGGAGUAGACGGUUUCCGUAUUGACGCGGUCAAUUUCUUGCUCGAGGACUCCAGGUUCCAAGAUGAGCCCAAGUCGAACGUGCCUGGCAUCCCCGACACCGACUAUGACAGCCUGCUCCACGUCUACUCGAAGGAUCAGGACGACACCUAUGACAUACUGAAGUCCUGGCGGAGGCUGAUGGACAACCACGCGAACAAGACAAAGUCGAACGCCAAGAUGAUCCUCACGGAAGCCUACACGACGCACAAUCUGACGAUCAAGUAUUACACCGCUGGAUCCAACGUUCCCUUCAACUUUAUGUUCAUGCAGGAGUUGACCAAGAAGUCUACCGCGGCUGACUUCAAGAAGAUGAUCGACCAGUGGGUAAACAGCCUCCCAGGGCCUCAAUACGAGGGCAACUGGGUCGUAGGCAACCACGAUAAUCAUCGCGUUGGUACGAGAUUCGGUGAAGAACGCGCUGAUCAGAUCACUAUGCUGUCUCUGAUGCUGCCUGGAGUGGCUAUCAUAUACAAUGGCGACGAAAUCGGCAUGUUGGACAGGAAUUUCACCUAUCAGGAGACCGUGGACCCAGCUGGAUGCAACGCUGGGCCGAACAGGUACUACUUGAAGUCCAGAGACCCCGAGAGGACCCCGUUCCAAUGGCAAAACGCCGUCGCAGGAGGAUUUUCUGACGUGAACAAGACCUGGUUGCCUGUCAAUAGCAAUUACAAAACUCUGAACCUGGCAGCACAGAAACGGGCUAAAGUGUCUCACUACAAGGUGUUCACGGAUCUAGUGGCGCUGAAGAAGAAGCCAAUUCUGGCCGAAGGCUCCCUCGAAGUGACCUUGGUCAAUAAUAGAGUUCUGGCUGUCGUUCGUAGGGUCGAGCAGGGCGUAGCCUUUCUUUUGAUCAACUUUUCUAACUUUCCACUCACUGUUAACGCGAAGACCAAGCUGAAACUUCCGGAGGAGCUUACGAUUUACACCGCUAGUAUUGGUUCCAACCUUCCGAUUGGUAGUCACGUUGACCCAACCAAGUUGCGUCUACCUGCAGCUGCAUCUGUCGUCUACACUAGUCCAAUUCUGACGAUACAAAAUUUGUGGUGCUUCAAAAUUAAAGUUUGCUCUUAAGGCAACCUAGUAAUUCUGCGAAUUAUGUUAGGGAUUAAUCGGUUGUCGUUAUAUAAUUUUUAAUACAUAAAUUUUCUUGCAAAUAUUGCCUCAUGUGCUAUUUAAAAACAAAACAAUAUUUUAUGUAAUAUUAUUUCUGUAAUGGUUAUUGUUGAGAUUAUUCUUCUUGUUAUUAUCGAACAUAUUCUGAUCAUGCGGCUAUUUCCAUGGACGUUUAUAGAUCCGCUGACAAAAAUAAAAA